AUGUUAGAAAAAGCCCUUACUUAUUGCUUACAAGAAGAAACCCCUAUUUCAAUUGCUGAUAUCAUGCAAAUAUAAUAAGAUCAAUAAAUAACCAAUAAAUAACCGAGGAUUUUAGCUUAGCCUAUCAAAUUCGAUUUCCAAUAAUUUCCUUAAAAAUUUAUAAAGCAAUCAUCUAUUAAGGAAAUUAUUCAUCAAGGGACUUAAGAUUAGAAAUAGGCUCCUAAAAUUACUCAAGACUUUUCUCCCUAUCAAGGUGGAUGGUAAAAAAGUAUUCUUAACAAAUACUAUAAUCUUAAUACAGGAAAUAAUAGCUUUUGCAACAGUAUUAAUUUAUAUACAAUAGAAACAAGAAGGAGAGCAUAUUCGAUUUAGAUGAACACUAAAAAAGUUAAUUUAAGAAUAAGAGACAUGUCAAUGUUUACAGAUAGAAAAUUUAAAUUAGAACCUAAUAAUGAGUUCUGAUUAUUAAAAUAAC